CCCAUGUGAUUGGUUGCGUCACUGUGACAUCACGGAGUCUUUCUCUGCAUGGGAACUAGACACCACCCUGCCGGCCGCUAUUGGCUAAGAAAGGCCGAGUAAAAAAAGGGCUAGAAAGCGAGAGAGAGGCACAGUGCAGCCCUCACUGCUGUUAGACUUCACCGCAGGAACAGAAGCCCCCAGAUUCCAUUCAUGUGCAAGAUGUAGCUGUUUAUCCUAAGCCGAACUAUGUUAUGUUUGCAUUGGAGACUGUGAAUAUAAACAAAACACACGGAAGAAAAAAAAAAGCACAGGGCGUCGUUUUUGUUUUUUUUUCUUAUGUUCACGCGAAAAAAAAUCCCACGAUGGUUAUUUUAUUAAAGGGAUUUCUUGUGUGCAUCGAUCGCCUUUUCUUCUGACGGGGAUUGGUUUCAAGGUGAAUCUAGAGGAGACUAAAUAAAAGACAAGAGUCGGAUAGCAGCCAACCGGGGGAUAUACCUCCUGCUCACUUGUUUUGUCCUUGCGAUUAAUGUUGUAACGUGCUGUUAAUUCAUGAGGCAAUUGUGCCCCAAUCUCCAGAACAGGAUGAGCAAGGAAAGGCCCAAGAGGAAUAUCAUCCAGAAGAAAUAUGAUGACAGUGAUGGUAUUCCAUGGUCAGAAGAGAGGGUGGUGCGGAAGGUGCUUUACUUGUCUCUUAAAGAGUUUAAGACGGCGCGAAAGAGACAAAGUAAUGGCAUUAACGGGAGCUUCAAAACUCCUAACGGUCUCCUCCUUAAUGGACAAACUAAAGGAUCAGUGCAAUCAUCAGAAACUGAGAAAGAUGAUACGUCACAAGGGUCUUCACACACCAACAGUGUAACUUCAUCAGACUCAGAAGAUGGGCCAGUGAGGAAAAGGCCAAGGCUGCAAGCACAAAGAAAAUUUGCCCAAUCCCAACCAAACAGUCCGAGCACAACCCCCAUUAAAAUUGUGGAGCCAUUGCUACCCCCUCCUAUUACUCAAAUGUCAGACCUCUCCAAACGCAAGCCCAAGACUGAAGAUUUCCUCACGUUUCUGUGUCUUAGAGGUUCUCCUGCUUUGCCCAACACCAUGGUGUAUUUUGGAACAUCUCAAGAUGAAGAGGAAAUUGAAGAUGAUGAUGCAGAAUUUGAGGACACAAAAACAGCCAACACUAACACUUCAUCAUCAUGCCAUUCAACACCGCGUAAAACAAAAACACAAAAGCAUGUAACCAAUGGACAUGUUUUUAAUGGGUCUUGCAAAUCAUCAAAGGAGAAAGAGACUCCCCAGAGACACAAAAGCAAAGAGGUCACACCAGGGAAGGAAAGGAACAGUGAACAGAAAGCGGAUAGCCGGAGAGAGUCUGCUGCUGCUAACCACAAACCUGCUUCCAACAUGGGCUCCUCUGCCAAAGGGCUCACUGCUUAUAACCAUCAUAGUCAUCUUCGAUCGGCUCAGGACUUAAGGAAACAGGUUUCCAAGGUGAAUGGAAUAACCCGAUUAUCAUCAAUGGGUUCUAACGCAGUUGGUGCCAAAAAGACAAGAGAAAUGAGACCUACACCCUCCAAAACUGUGAAGUAUACUGCAACGGUGACUAAGGGGACUGUCACAUACACCAAAGCCAAGAAAGAACUGGAUAAGGCAACCAAACAGAAUCACAAUAAACCCAGUUCAUCUGUUCACCACACAAUCUCAGGGACCACAGAAAGCAGCAAUGCAAAAACUCGUAAACAGGUGCUAUCUCUUUCUACAUCCAAGCCCAACUGUGCCGCUGUUCUUAACUGUGUAAAGGUGAAUGGCAAACUUAACAAAAAAACAUGCGUUAGGGAGGAAGGGAGGCAACUAAGAGAGGGACUGCGUAACUCAAAAAGGCAUUUAGAGGAGGCAAACCUUCCUGCCAUGGCACAGCCUUUGCUAAAGAAAAUUAAAGUAUCCGCCUGCUUGCCAGAGGUCAGAAGCAAAAGGCUAGCAGCGGAGAAACAGGUGCUGAAUGGACACUUUAAAAAAGAAGUGCCAGAGAAGAUGCUGGAAAGAAACAGGCCGAAGCGGGCCUCAGCAGCCAGGAGCUCACCAGUUCCACAAACUUGUGGUAAGGCAGAAGAUACUGGCUGUGAAAAUCGCUCUACCUCGCACACUGAUUCCCCACAAAAAUCUCUGGUCUCUGCAAACCCAGAGAAAAACACCGGGAGGGCCAGGUGCACAGCCAUGUGUGAAAUCCCUGUCCUCCGACCCUCUGCCAAGGAGUUUCAUGACCCCUUGAUUUAUAUUGAAUCCAUCCGAGCCCGAGUGGAGAAGUAUGGGAUGUGCACCGUGAUCCCACCUGCUGACUGGAGACCAGAGUGCAAGCUGAAUGAAGAGAUGCGAUUUGUUACACAGAUUCAACACAUCCACAAGCUUGGGCGACGUUGGGGUCCAAAUGUACAGCGCCUGGCCUGCAUUAAGAAGCACCUCAAAUCUCAGGGCAUCACAUUGGAUGAACUCCCUCUCAUAGGAGGCUGUGAGCUAGAUUUGGCACAGUUUUUCCAUCUUAUCAAUGAAAUGGGUGGCAUGCAACAAGUGACUGACCUCAAGAAAUGGAACAAACUGGCUGACAUGCUACGCAUUCCGAAAACUGCACAGGAUCGUCUGGCAAAGCUGCAAGAGGCCUACUGUCAGUACCUGCUCUCCUAUGACUCCCUUUCCCCGGAGGAGCACAAAAGACUGGAGAAGGAAGUUCUGCAGGAAAAAGAAAAUCUGGAAAAGAAGAAAGGUCCACUUGAGGGUCACUCAGACAAUGCCUAUAAAUUACAUUUGCUCCCCAGAUACGAGCCCAAAAAUGGACUCAUAAAUGGAGUGGUGCAUCGCAAUGGUCUCAGAGGCAAGCUGAAAGAAAUGGAUGUUCAGGUGAAAAAUGGCAGGCGAAGACUGUUUACUCAAGAAAAAGAGAGUGCAGAGGAAGAGCCAGAAGACAAGAGUUUAUUCGGUGAACUGCAUAAAUGUAUCUACAAGGGAAGGUCUGUGUCUCUCACCACAUUCUACAGGACAGCAAGGAACAUCAUGAACAUGUGCUUCAAUAAGGAGCCCACCGUAUGUGAGGUUGAGCAAGAAUAUUGGCAUAUUGUGGAACAGAAGAACUGCCAUGUAGCUGUGCACUGUGGAAAGGUUGACACAAAGACUCAUGGAAGUGGAUUUCCUGUGAGUAAAACGGAACCCUUUUCAAGGCAUGGGUGGAAUCUCACUGUCCUUCCUAAUAAUUCAGGAUCCAUCCUGAGACACCUUGGUGCUGUACCUGGAGUGACUAUUCCUUGGCUUAAUAUUGGCAUGGUUUUUUCUACCUCAUGCUGGUCUCGGGACCAAAAUCACCUUCCGUAUAUUGACUACUUACACACUGGUGCUGAUUGCAUUUGGUAUUGCAUUCCUGCUGAGGAAGAGAGUAAACUUGACAAAGUGGUACACACUCUACUACAAGCCAAUGGUACUCCUGGUCUGCAAAUGCUUGAAAGUAACGUAAUGAUCUCCCCAGAGGUGCUUUGCAAAGAGGGGAUCAAGGUGCACCGUACUGUACAGAAGAGCGGACAGUUUGUCGUCUGCUUCCCAGGAUCCUUUGUGUCAAAAGUGUGCUGUGGAUACAGUGUUUCUGAAACUGUGCACUUUGCUACCACCCAGUGGACAAGUAUGGGUUUUAAAACUGCCAAGGAGAUGAAAAGUCGGCACAUAGCAAAGCCAUUCUCCAUGGAAAAAUUACUGUAUCAGAUUGCAACAGCAGAAGCAAAGAAAGAAAACAGCCCGACUCUGAGUGUAAUUUCCACUCUACUCCGUGAGCUCAGGGACACAGAACUACGGCAGCGGCAGCAACUGUUUGAGGCGGGUCUGCACUCUUCAGCGCGUUAUGGCAGUCACGAUAUCAGCUCAUCGUUGGACGGAAAGAAAAGGCCUCGAAAAUGGCUGCAAUUAGAGACUUCAGAGAGAAGGUGUCAGAUUUGCCAGCACCUGUGUUACCUGUCUAUGGUUGUACAGGAAAAUGAGAACGUUGUGUUUUGCUUGGAGUGUGCACUGCGACAUGUGGAGAAACAGAAAUCCUCUCGUGGAUUGAAGUUGAUGUAUCGUUAUGAUGAGGAGCAGAUUAAAAGUCUAGUCAAUCAGAUCUGUGGGAAAGCCUCUUUUAAAAACAGCAAUGAGAACUGCCCGAUGAAUUGUACACCAAAAAGAGGACCAAGAAAGCGAGCCACACUUGAAAUGCCAUCAUCCAGAGUCUCGUCAUCUACUUUGUCCAAAAGUGCUUCAUCCUGAAGAUGCCAACUCAUUUCUCAAAUCCUGAAUAUAUAUAUUUUUUUUGAAACUAUACCCUAGUUUGGAGUACUUGCUGUAGAAUACAGGCUGUCUUUGCACUAGCUCUAAGAAGAUUUUUUUUUCUUCUGGUUUUAGACAAGUAUCUUUGUUUUAGCAUUAAAUUGUUGAUUUUUUUUUCUUCCCCCUCCCCAUUUUUUGGGUUUUGUAUUGAUAAUUGCAGUUGGAAUUCUAAAGCUGCAGAAUAGUUGCUGUUUUAUGGCAGUCUGAGGGGGCGCUCUAUUUUUUAAGCUGCCCUAGGGACUGUACAGUAAAAAAAAAAGCCUUUCUUUAGAAUGAAGCUUGUAAUAAAAAGGCUUUUUAAACCAUUUUUGAUAAGUUGAAGUUUGACGUGUUUUUUGUAUUACUUUAUCCAGUCAAGGGAGCAGUUUUUUCUAGAAGGAAAGAAGUCAAAACUUGAACGUACCUGCUUUUACUUGGCUGUGUUUCAUUCUGUCAUGUGCAAGAUGAGUUUUGUAUUUUUUUUUAAUUGGGAAUUAGAAUAUAUAUUCAAAAACAAACAAAAAAAUCUAUGGAUGGUGUGGCAGCUGAAGAUGGACUUUUUGAAUAACUAGAGGCAAAAAUGCUGAGAUCUGAGAAAGUUUCUUUUACCAGCACAUCUCUAUGCAUCUGUUAAAGGAGAAGUAGGAUAUUACCAUUGGACUUAAGCUCUGCCUGCCUGGUACAAGUCAUGUAAAGGUGGGGUGGGAGUAUAAACUGUGCCUGAUUUCAUAAGGAAUCCAUUCUGUUAUUUUUGGUGCUGUUGGCUACUUUAUCAAAAAGAAGAAAGAAAGAAAAAACUUCAAUAGCAUCCUUUUGAAAAAGAAAAGGAUAGAAAGGAAUUUAAAAUAUAUAUAUAUAAAGUGGUUGAAGCCAGAAGUGCUUCUUGUCAUAGAUGUGCAAUCUCUCUAACAUUCCAUUUUCAUUCCACUGCUGUCUCAACACAUCACACAAUCAGCAUUAAUAUAAAUAUAUAUAUAUUUUUGUUGUAAAAAAAAAAAAAAACGCCCUCUCUGUUGUAGAUACUAGCAAUGUAUAUCUUUGCUGCUGCAGAGAUGGAAUUGCUUCAGUGAACACCAUUAUAGAGCCACUAGGUCGGAAUUUUGUUUCCUUGUUGUGAAUGUGAAAAUUCAUUUUCCUGAAUUUCUUUCCCCCUUCUUUUUCUUUUUUUUGUGUUCUGCAUUUUUGGAAGAGAAAAGAAGAAAAAAAAAACAAAAGAAAACAAAACAAAAAAAAUCUAAUCAAGACCCCUGUUUGUUUGUAUAUAUGCCUGUAAAUUGUUUUAAAUACUUGAGCCUUCUUUUGGGGACUGGGGUGGAUAGGGGACGGUGAGAAGACAAGAUGAAGAAAAAGCCUUACAUUUCAGUUUCUUCAUCGGAUGGUUUGGAUGCUUACAGGGUUCUUCUUGUAACAUAUAUAUAAGUGCUGCUUACAUCACUGAACAACGUAUAACGAUUCAUAAUGGAGUAUCGUCUGCCCCCUUGUUCUGCUUGUUUGUGGGACAUACGAGAUUUAGAAAACAAAAAUAAUUUUCGCAAAUUUGCUCAGUUUCACAAUAGAAAGAAAAGUAAGAAACCAACCUGUAGUUGCCCAUAUUGCACUGAACUUGCCAGUGGUAAUUAUUGCGGGAGAAUCUUUAAUACAGUUUGUUGGCUGUUGUUGCGGAAGACUGAUCUGUUUUUGUUUUACUUUUUCCCUCUUUUUUUUAAUAUUUAACAAUUACACACGAGUCAUGUUUCUGAUGUGGUUGUCCAGUUUUUUAUGGCCUUGCUGUGUACAUUUCUCCCUCUUGACAGUAUAUUCGAUGACUACGGCUUACAGGUUGCCAUUUAAUUUAUUAGCACUGCUCUCUUUUCCUUUUGAGAGAUUCCAUGUUGUUUAUUGACAGUUCUGUUUACUUUUCCGGUUUGUACAUCAAGGUUUAAUAAUAAAUAAAAACAAUCUUUUUGGAAUUCUGACUUUUAGUUUUUGUUUUGCAGCUACCAUGGCUGAACAGUUUUUCUUUCUGAAAAUAAAAUACACGACUACUGGUGAACUGCCGUAGACUAAAUUCCACAGCCAACGUAAUACUUUUGGUUCGUAAAGCAAGAUAUCACUUUAAAUGAGGCUUUUCCAAAACAUCUCCUGCAGCAGUUCUCUGAGACGCCACUUAACUUCAAUCUAGAAAGUGCCCUUGAUGGACCUAGGAAUGGGCUCUAGACAUAUGCCUCUAAGGGCUGCAACAAUAAGAAUCAUUAAUGCAUUCCUAUAUUGGAAGACAGGCUUAUCCAAUCUCUGCACUUACUGCUUUAAUAUUUCCCAGGCUCUUGAGCAUUUGGUAGUAAGUAUGGACAGAGACUGGUGCAAAGACACAUUCAAAAACAUACUUGCACUUUUGUCUCAGGGCAUUCGUGGAGAGAAUAAGUGCAUUGAUAGAGAAAUAAGGGAAGCAAUACAAUAAAAUUGAGAGGGAUGUGAGUAAAAUGCAGGACAAGGUCCAAAAACAAAAUGGAUAGUAAAAUGCUUUAAUGCUUUAAUUCCCCAGUCCUCCAGAGAGGCAUUUGUAACUAUUGGUGCUCUAUUCUAUAAUAAUGCUUUUGUAGCCAUCUAAUUGGGUUACAAAAUGCAGUUGAACUUGACAAUAUGAGAAACCGCUCCCAGGAGUCUCAUGGUGCUAAUGUACAGCCUUCAUUUCCCUGGCCUACUUUUGGCCAAGCCUGUGCUUCCUUCCGGCUUGCAUAUUUGCCAGUAAAGUGCUAUAUGUUAUGGCAUGUACAAAGGAGUAUGAAGAGAAGACAGCAAUGAUCAUGUCAAAUUACAAGAACUAUUCCAUCAGGGAAUGAAUCUGGAAUACAUUUGCGUGCAGUUUAGUGUAAAAGUCGUAGAGUUGUUGUGGUUAUGGCAGGUUUGUGCGAAAUAGAUGGGGCAAUUUUGCUUCUUGAAAAGGCUGAUAGACAUAAAUUAUAAUUGUAAUAUGUUCUAUUUCAGCCACUAUGCCCCUUAGAUAACUGCUACCACUGUCCAUCUUAUAACUGGCACAGAUAAAAGCCAUAACUAUUACUCUGGUUACACGUUGUGAAUCUCUGGUAUCAAUAGGAAACCUGGCUUAAUUAAGUGAGUGACUUGUUGCAAAUGUUCCAAAACGUGCUCACUGUUUGCAAUUAUUUAAGCUGUGUUAUUUAUUUAUAAUCAUUUCCAUUUUCUCUGGUUUCAUAAGUUGGCUCCAAGUGGGGGGCUGCUCCUGUUGUGUAACUACACUCCGCUUUUCAUUUGUAGGAAGGAAUGAUCUAGGCUUCAUGCAAGGUCCCUUUGCUCUUGUGUAAUGCACCACUGCUUUUCAGAAUGUGAAUAUGUAGGCAUAUUAUAUCCAGUGAGUAAUACAUAUGUGUCUAUGUCGAUAUGAUACAUGCUUGGAAAGUGUAUGAUCAGGGAUCAUUUUUGUCUUUGUUAUGCUCUGUUUACAUCAUUUUCACCUUCACCUUUUAGUACAAACAGUAUUUAAUCCUAAAUUAUUUUGGGUGUGUAUGUUUCCUUUAAUGCCUCACUUCACAUACAGUUUAACUUUGUCACAUCAACAGUUGAAAUGGAUAUAUUCUCCCAGGCUUCUCCUAUAAUUAUUUAAGAACUAUUUAAUCCAGAUUUAAGAGUCAAUAUGAAAUCCCUGUGUUAACAAAGUUCUAGAUUUGGUGGCACCAUAACAUUUCCAGCUCUGUGUGUCAAGCAUUUUUGGCCUGUGUCAUACAAGUGGAUUGGCAGCAGGUAGAUGGCUGGAAAGAGAUUCAAUGUGGAGUAAUCAGUCAGUUGUACCCCACAGACAAUACUAUUUCUAGCCAGUAGAAGCAGCUAACCUCCCUGUAUGUUACAAACCUUACCAGACCGCUAACAUAGCUUCUACCUUGGAAUUCCUUAAUCUGCUUAACCAGUCACCACACUCCAUUUCACCCUUUAUUAAUUUACUUUUUAGCAAGUCAUGGUUAUUUUUAACCAAUGAGAAGUUUGAAAUUCUCUGUCGGUUAUCCAUAUUGUUUCAAUUCAAUGUAAUGCGUGAUUGUUCAUUUCAGUUGCAAAACAAAUGUUGUUUGGACAAUCAGAAGUCUCUUACUAUUCAACCAAUAAAAAAAAUGUAAGUCUGAA